AUGUAUACAAAAGAUUCAAGAUAUGGUUAUCCAGAGAUUGAUGACGAGAAUGAUACUACACGAAUCAAUAUAGCCUCGUCUUCUGGGCUACAGAUUCAAGAAUCAUUUCGAGAUGCACAUGUAGAAGACAAUCGACUUGCUUGGUUACUGCUGGUAACUUCGUUCUUUAUUUUAAUAUGGACAGUCAUUCCAGUAGUUACAGACAUGGGAUAUAUCACACCUUGGUUUCCUGGUGACAGUCUCUGGCGUCUGUUUGAUCCAGUGAUCACAUUACCACUUAGUUUGUUUGUCAUGACCCGUGCUGAUGUCAUGAAUACAGGUGGUCCCUUAAGUGAGCGAAGUGUUGCUUGGUUACUGUGGAGUAUAGGGGCAGGUAUCUAUGUACAAGGUCAUGGUAUCCAUUUAGCAGCAGCGAUGUUUAAACAUCCCGUACAAAGUUUUAAUCUAGCGCAUCCUGAACUUGUUGCUCAAUAUCCAGUACUAGAAGAAAUCUAUUCAAACAUGCGAGAUCUUUGGGAACAUGUUAUCGCUCACUAUAUGUAUGCUGGAGGAGCGAUGGUAAUGAGCUGGGUCCAGCUCUUUGUGUAUCGAAAUCAAGUACAUGGACCAUUAUCAAGAGGAACAACAAUCGUGUGGUGUAUCGGAUCUGUGGUUUAUGGUCUCUUGAUUGCUGGUGUAGCCAUUGAGUUUCCUUCAGGAUUGAUCGUAGGCCUGAUAUAUUGUAUUGUUAUUGGUUUAGUUGCAGUGUGUAUGAUGCUAUUCAACAAGAUGAAUCUACCCAAGGGAGGCAUCUUUACAGCUGGUAGGCGUAUGGUGAUCCAGUUCUAUUUAGGAUCAUGUGUUGUUGCAUUUAUCAUCAUUAUCGCAUGGAUAGGCAAAUAUGGUCUAUUGAAUAGAAAAGCCGCUGGCAUUGCUUAA